GACAGGCACCCUGCAACGAGCUCUUCUUCAAAAUCUGCAUCAAGUCCUGCUCACCUGGUGUGCUGCAAGUAAAGGGUCACCAUGAGUAAAGACCCAGACAUGGCUUGUUUUGGCCCGGCGGCCGUUUACCUCCGCAAGCCAGAGAAGGAGCGGAUUGAAGCUCAGAACGCUCCUUUUGAUGCUAAGACAGCGUAUUUUGUGUCUGAGCCCAGCGAGAUGUACCUCAAGGGAAAACUUGUCAAAAAAGACGGGGGCAAAGCCACUGUGGAAACGCUAGGUGGAAAGACUCUCACUGUGAAAGAAGAUGAAAUCUUCCCCAUGAACCCUCCAAAGUUCGAUAAGAUUGAGGACAUGGCUAUGAUGACCCACCUCAAUGAGCCCGCUGUGCUGUACAACCUCAAAGAGCGUUAUGCAGCAUGGAUGAUCUACACCUACUCUGGGUUGUUCUGCGUCACUGUGAACCCCUACAAGUGGCUGCCAGUGUACGACACAGUGGUGGUUGCAGGAUACAGGGGGAAGAAGAGGAUCGAGGCUCCGCCACACAUCUUCUCCAUCUCUGAUAAUGCUUAUCAGUUCAUGCUUCAAGAUAGAGAGAACCAGUCCAUCCUGAUUACCGGAGAAUCUGGCGCUGGAAAGACUGUCAACACCAAGCGUGUCAUCCAGUACUUUGCGACAAUCGCAGUGGCUUCUGGGAAGAAAACCGAACAGGUUCCAGGCAAAAUGCAGGGAUCACUGGAAGAUCAGAUCAUUGCAGCAAACCCGCUGCUGGAAGCUUACGGGAACGCCAAGACCGUGAGGAAUGACAACUCUUCACGUUUCGGAAAGUUCAUCAGAAUUCACUUUGGAUCGACUGGAAAGCUGGCUUCAGCUGAUAUUGAAACAUAUCUGCUGGAGAAGUCUCGAGUGACGUUCCAGCUGUCCGCUGAGAGGAGCUACCACAUCUUCUAUCAGCUCACUACAGGACACAAACCUGAGCUGAUAGAGGCCCUUCUCAUCACCACCAACCCUUAUGACUAUCCCAUGAUCAGUCAGGGUGAAAUCACAGUCAAAAGUAUUAAUGACGUUGAAGAAUUCAUUGCCACUGAUACUGCUAUCGACAUCCUGGGUUUUACUGCAGAAGAGAAGGUUAGCAUGUACAAGCUAACAGGAGCCGUGAUGCAUCAUGGGAACAUGAAGUUCAAGCAGAAGCAGCGUGAAGAGCAGGCUGAGCCUGACGGCACUGAGGUGGCUGAUAAGAUCGCCUACCUCAUGGGUCUGAACUCUGCAGACCUGCUAAAGGCUGUGUGUUACCCCAGAGUGAAAGUUGGAAAUGAGUAUGUGACCAAAGGUCAAACUGUUCCACAGGUCAACAAUGCUGUCUCAGCUCUCUGCAAGUCCGUUUAUGAGAAAAUGUUCUUGUGGAUGGUCAUCAGAAUCAAUGAGAUGCUGGAUACCAAGCAGCCAAGAAGCUUCUUCAUUGGUGUCUUGGACAUUGCUGGGUUUGAAAUUUUCGACUACAACAGCCUGGAACAGCUGUGCAUCAACUUUACCAAUGAAAAGCUGCAGCAGUUCUUCAACCACCACAUGUUCGUCCUGGAGCAAGAAGAGUACAAGAAGGAGGGAAUCGAGUGGGAGUUCAUCGACUUCGGCAUGGACUUGGCUGCCUGCAUUGAGCUUAUUGAGAAGCCAAUGGGCAUCUUCUCCAUCCUUGAAGAGGAGUGCAUGUUCCCAAAGGCUACAGACAUGACCUUCAAGAGCAAACUGUAUGACCAGCAUCUGGGAAAGAGUGCCCCCUUCCAGAAGCCAAAACCUGCCAAAGGCAAAGCUGAGGCUCAUUUCUCUCUGGUUCACUAUGCUGGUACUGUGGACUACAAUGUCACAGGUUGGCUGGAAAAGAACAAGGACCCUCUGAAUGACUCAGUGGUGCAGCUCUACCAGAAGUCUUCAGUCAAGCUGUUGGCCUUCCUGUAUGCUACUCAUGCUGGAUCAGAAGCUGAGGGAGGUGGAAAGAAAGCUGGCAAGAAGAAGGGUGGAUCAUUCCAGACUGUAUCUGCUCUGUUCAGGGAGAAUCUUGGCAAGCUGAUGACCAACCUGAGGAGCACUCAUCCUCAUUUUGUGCGCUGCUUGAUUCCAAAUGAGUCAAAGACUCCUGGUCUGAUGGAGAACCACCUGGUCAUCCACCAGCUGAGGUGUAACGGUGUGCUGGAGGGGAUCAGGAUCUGCAGGAAAGGUUUCCCCAGCAGAAUUCUCUACGGUGACUUCAAGCAGAGGUACAAAGUACUGAACGCCAGCGUCAUCCCUGAGGGUCAGUUCAUCGACAACAAGAAGGCCUCAGAGAAACUACUGGGCUCUAUCGAUGUGGACCACACUCAGUACAAAUUUGGACACACUAAGGUGUUCUUCAAAGCUGGUCUGCUGGGUCUCCUGGAGGAGAUGCGAGAUGAAAAACUUGCCACCUUGGUCACAAUGACUCAGGCUGUCUGCAGAGGUUUCCUGAUGAGACGUGAAUUUGUCAAAAUGAUGGAGCGCAGGGAAGCUAUUUAUUCAAUCCAGUACAACAUCCGAGCAUUCAUGAAUGUCAAAACUUGGCCAUGGAUGAAGCUGUACUUCAAGAUCAAACCACUGCUGAAGAGUGCAGAGACGGAGAAGGAGAUGGCCCAAAUGAAGGAGGACUUUGCAAAGACCAAAGAGGACCUGGCAAAGGCUCUGGCCAAGAAGAAAGAACUGGAGGAGAAAAUGGUUUCCCUCCUUCAGGAGAAGAAUGACUUGCAAAUUCAAAUUCAGUCUGAAGGUGAAAACCUGGCCGAUGCAGAGGAAAGAUGUGAAGGGCUCAUUAAAGCUAAAAUCCAGCUUGAGGCCAAGGUCAAAGAGACGGCUGAGAGACUGGAGGAUGAGGAGGAGAUCAACGCUGAGCUGACAGCAAAGAAGAGGAAACUUGAGGACGAGUGUUCUGAGUUAAAGAAGGACAUAGAUGACUUGGAGCUCACUCUGGCCAAAGUGGAAAAGGAGAAACACGCCACUGAAAACAAGGUUAAAAACCUGGUUGAGGAAAUGACUUCCCAAGAUGAGACGAUUGCUAAACUAACAAAAGAGAAGAAAGCCCUCCAAGAGGCCCACCAGCAGACCCUCGAUGACCUGCAGGCAGAGGAAGACAAAGUCAACACUCUGACGAAGGCCAAGACCAAACUGGAGCAGCAAGUCGAUGAUCUUGAAGGAUCCUUGGAGCAAGAAAAGAAGAUUCGUAUGGACCUCGAGCGAGCUAAAAGAAAGCUCGAGGGAGAUCUGAAGCUGGCUCAGGAAACCAUCAUGGACUUGGAGAAUGACAAGCAGCAGUCUGAGGAGAAGAUUAAGAAGAAGGACUUUGAAACAAGCCAGCUUCUGAGCAAAAUUGAAGAUGAGCAAGCUCUCGGUGCUCAACUUCAGAAAAAGAUCAAAGAACUUCAGGCUCGCAUUGAGGAGCUGGAGGAGGAAAUCGAGGCUGAGCGAGCUGCUCGGGCCAAGGUGGAGAAACAGAGGUCAGAUCUCUCCAGGGAACUUGAGGAGAUCAGCGAGAGGCUCGAAGAAGCUGGAGGAGCAACUUCUGUUCAGAUUGAGAUGAACAAGAAGCGCGAGGCCGAGUUCCAGAAGCUGCGUCGGGAUCUGGAAGAGUCCACCCUUCAGCACGAGGCCACGGCUGCAGCUCUGCGCAAGAAGCAGGCUGACAGCGUGGCAGAGCUGGGAGAGCAGAUCGACAACCUCCAGAGAGUCAAACAAAAGCUGGAGAAGGAGAAAAGCGAGUACAAGAUGGAGAUCGAUGACCUCUCCAGCAACAUGGAGUCUAUUGCAAAAGGAAAGGGAAACCUUGAGAAAAUGUGUCGCACACUUGAAGAUCAACUGAGUGAACUGAAGGCCAAAAAUGAUGAGCAUGUUCGACAGCUGAAUGACAUUGGAGUGCAAAGAGCAAGAUUGCAAACAGAGAAUGGGGAAAUUGGUCGCCAGCUGGAGGAAAAAGAAGCCCUGAUCUCUCAGCUGACGAGAAGCAAGCAAGCAUUCACUCAGCAGAUUGAAGAGCUGAAGAGACACAUUGAAGAGGAAGUUAAAGCCAAGAACGCUCUGGCUCAUGCAGUUCAGUCGUCUCGUCAUGACUGUGACCUGCUCAGAGAGCAGUAUGAGGAGGAGCAGGAGGCCAAGGGUGAGCUUCAGCGUGCGAUGUCCAAGGCUAACAGCGAGGUGGCUCAGUGGAGAACCAAGUAUGAGACUGAUGCCAUUCAGCGCACUGAGGAGCUGGAGGAGGCCAAGAAGAAGCUGGCCCAGCGUCUUCAGGAUGCUGAGGAAUCCAUCGAGGCUGUGAAUGCUAAAUGUGCCUCACUAGAGAAGACUAAACAGAGGCUGCAGGGUGAGGUGGAGGACCUGAUGAUCGACGUGGAGAGAGCAAACGCUCUGGCUGCAAGUCUUGACAAGAAGCAGAGGAACUUUGAUAAAGUCCUUGCCGAAUGGAAGCAGAAGUAUGAAGAAAGCCAGGCUGAGCUGGAGGGAGCUCAAAAAGAAGCUCGCUCUCUCAGCACUGAGAUGUUUAAACUGAAAAAUUCAUAUGAAGAGUCUCUGGACCACCUGGAGACCCUGAAGAGGGAGAACAAGAACCUGCAACAGGAGAUCUCCGAUCUAACUGAGCAAAUCAGUGAAACUGGGAAAACCAUUCAUGAGCUAGAAAAAGGGAAAAAGAUCGUUGAGACGGAGAAGUCUGAACUCCAAACUUCUCUUGAAGAAGCUGAGGCCACACUGGAGCAUGAAGAGUCCAAGAUUCUCCGCAUCCAGCUGGAGCUUACCCAAGUUAAGAGCGAAAUUGACAGAAAGCUUGCAGAAAAGGACGAGGAGAUUGAACAGAUUAAGAGAAACAGCCAGAGGGUGAUUGAGUCCAUGCAGAGCACUCUGGAUGCUGAAAUCAGGAGUAGGAAUGACGCUUUAAGAAUUAAGAAGAAGAUGGAAGGAGACCUCAACGAGAUGGAGAUUCAGCUGAGCCACGCUAACCGACAGGCUGCUGAGGCUCAGAAACAGCUGAGGAACUUGCAGGGACAAUUUAAGGAUGCACAACUGCACCUCGAUGAGGCUCUCAGAGGACAAGAUGAGAUGAGGGAGCAGGUUGCGAUGGUGGAGCGCAGGAACAACCUGAUGGUGGCUGAGAUCGAGGAGCUGAGAGCUGCACUCGAGCAGACGGAGAGAAGCCGCAAAGUGGCUGAACAGGAACUGGUUGAUGCCAGCGAGCGUGUGACUCUGCUGCACUCUCAGAAUACCAGUCUCAUCAAUACCAAGAAGAAGUUAGAGGCUGAUCUCAUCCAGAUCCAAGGGGAGGUGGAGGAUGCUGUUCAGGAGGCGAGAAAUGCUGAAGAAAAAGCCAAGAAGGCCAUCACUGAUGCUGCUAUGAUGGCAGAAGAGCUGAAGAAGGAGCAGGACACCAGUUCUCAUUUGGAGAGGAUGAAGAAGAACUUGGAGGUCACAGUGAAGGACCUGCAGCAUCGUCUUGAUGAAGCUGAAAACCUGGCCAUGAAGGGAGGCAAGAAGCAGCUCCAGAAGCUGGAGGCUCGGGUUCGUGAAUUAGAGUCUGAAGUUGAUGCUGAGCAAAGGCGCUGUGCAGAGUCAAUCAAAGGAGUGAGGAAAUAUGAAAGAAGAGUAAAGGAGCUCACUUAUCAGACUGAGGAGGACAGGAAGAAUAUCACCAGACUGCAGGAUUUGGUGGACAAGCUGCAGCUGAAAGUGAAAUCCUACAAGAGACAGGCUGAGGAGGCUGAGGAGCAGUCCAACACUCACCUGACCAGGUACAGGAAGGUGCAGCAUGAGAUGGAGGAAGCUCAGGAGCGUGCUGACAUCGCUGAGUCCCAGGUCAACAAGCUGAGGGUCAAGAGUCGGGAAAUUAUCAAGACUAAAGAAUCAGAGGAGUGAUGAAGAAAUGUAAACUAGACAGUAACAAGAUGUCAUACAAUAUGAGGAUCUUGUCACUAGUUCCCUUUAGCAUGCUAAAUGUGUUGUGAAAUGGAAAAAAAUGAAUAAAGCCUGCUAAAUCUG